GCUUAGUUUACUACUACCACUGUCCGGAGUCGGAAGUUUCGCCGAAGAGAAACCGAAGCAAUAAUACAAAAAAUACAACAGAAAAAAAGAAACUAUUGAAUUGAAUUGUAUAAAGCGAAUAUCGAGAACAAGAAUAUUAAACGCUUCUGCUGCUAUACGACAACAUAAAAAGAACAAAAAUUAACAAAACGCCAGCACUGUUUCGCUUUUCAUUCCCUUUGCCUGUCAUUCCAAACCAAGCAACACCAUCAGACUAAAAUCAAUAAUUUAGUUGUGUGGUUUUCGCGGCUUUUUGUGUUUUCUUUAAAAAACAAUCAAUACCCGAAGAAUGGGCACAGAAACGAAGAGCAACAGUUACACAGGACAGAUUUCAACAAGUGGCGGCAACCCUAAAGUGAUGAAAGAUUCUUUAUCUUUAGUUCGUCAAGCGGUCAAACAGCAGCAAUCGAAUCAAAUCAAUUUGAAUUCAAAUUCGAACACCAAUCCGAAUCCGAACUCCAACUCCAACACCAACUCCAAUUCGAUAACAUAUUCAAGCGAACAACAACAACAGAACAACACGGGUGAUAUUGAUAUACGACCAGCCAAGCAGGAGGAUAAUAACACACGAAGCAUAGCGAAAGAUACGGUUGUGCCAUUCGUGCCAAUAUUUGUGGAAGAAGCCGAUGUUAUACAAGGUGCUAAGGAUAUACUGAAAGUAAUACGACCUAAUUGGGACCUCAAUCACGUUGACUUUAAGAAAUUUACAGAUGGCAUAACAAAUAAGCUAGUCGGCUGUUUUCACAAUUGCUCCAAAUUGGGCAACGACAAUGACGAAUCCUAUUUAUCAAUCAAUAAUGCGACGAGAAUUUUGCCAGUCCAAUCGGAGGAUCCGGUUAUCCUAUCCGAUGAAUUUACGACAAUUGAUGGCGAGACAACGGAACAACAGAAUGAUCUACAAUUACCUAUACAAUACUCCGAUAACGUAGUGCUUGUCCGAGUUUAUGGUAAUAAAACGGACCUACUGAUCGAUCGGAAAGCUGAAACGCAAAAUUUUCAAUUACUGCACACGUACGGCUUGGCGCCAUCCCUCUAUGCGACAUUCAAAAAUGGGCUCGUCUACGAAUAUGUACCUGGCAUUACCUUAAAUACAGAAAGUGUGCUAUGCCCAGAUAUUUGGCCACUGGUCGCUCGCCGCAUGGCCGAGAUGCAUCGUGUGGUUAGGAAGACGAAUGUGGAUGGCAAACCGACGCCAAUGAUAUGGAAGAAGACGCAAAGCUUUCUGGACUUAGUACCUGAACGAUUUAGUGAUGCUGAAAAACACAAAAGAGUGAAAGGAACAUUUUUACCUAUCGGACGACUGCGUGAGGAGUUCAAUAACUUGUACAAAUACUUGGAGGCACUAGAGAGUCCAAUUGUUUUCUCACACAACGACCUGUUAUUGGGCAAUGUCGUCUAUACGAAAUCAAAGAAUGCUGUUAACUUUAUCGACUACGAGUACGCCGAUUACAAUUUCCAGGCCUUCGAUAUUGGCAAUCAUUUUGCGGAAAUGUGCGGCGUCGAUGAGGUCGACUAUACGCGUUAUCCGAAACGCGAAUUUCAGCUCGAAUGGCUGCGCGUCUAUCUCGAGUGCUAUCUGCAGCGGAAUAAUAUCCAAAAUGAAGAGGUCGAACGGCUCUUUGUCCAAGUGAAUCAAUUCGCCUUGGCUGCCCACAUUUUCUGGACAGUUUGGUCUCUACUACAAGCUGAGCAUUCCACAAUUGACUUUGAUUAUGUUGGCUAUGCAUUUCUUCGUUACAAUGAAUAUUUGGCUCGCAAGGAUGAGUUCUUAUCGUUGACUGCUUCAAAGAACAAUAAAUGAUUUUUUCCCAGCAAUAUGCAAAUAAUAAUAUUGAAACGAAAUACACACAAUUUUGUGUCCAACCCCAGUGAUGUACUUAUAUAUAUUGAUAUAUAUGUAUAUGUAUAUGUGUAUAUAUAUGUGCGUGUAUAUACAUAUAUAUACAUGUAUCUAUUCUAUUGUAUAAACUAUGGCUAGCAUUGAUAUACUAUAUAUGUACAAUUAUACAUAGUAUAUACAUACAUACAUUUAUGCAUGCGUAUUUGAUGUAUACAGAUGUAUAUAGAGAAAAUGAUGUGUUCACAAAACUUCAUUAAUUAGUGCCGUGGCCCUACCAGCCGUAGUCUAUGCAUAUAUACACACAUAUAUGUAUACAUAUAUAUAAUGAAUUUGUAUAUGUUCUUUAAUUUGUAUAUUGAUAUUUUGUAGUCAUAAAUAAAUAAACAUAAAUAUUUAGUUUUCAUAUUAAUGCAUCUAUACCCUACAAGUUCUCUCAUUCUCUAGCUUUAUAAUACAAUGUAUAUAUACAUAUACAUAUAUGUACAGUUAUAUGUAUUUCGAACCAAAAAUCACCUGUACAUAAAUGUAUCGUUACAGUGGGAAAAUGUACAAGGUGUAAAUCACAAGGUACAUUCUAGUCGAAUCCCAUUUGUCAAUUAGCGAAUAUCCCUCAUUCAAAAUUUCACUAUAUAUAAGCGCUAGAGUUCAGCGUGGAGCACAUGAUGCAGAAAGGGACGGAAGAUAAUAUUGCCUAUCUGCUCACUCCGCUGGCAACAAGUGCGCCUUAAUAGUAAAGCCUUUAAAUAAGAAUGAUGGCAACGUUAUAUAAACUUUUUAAACUAGCCCAAUUAUGGCUAUCUUUUUCGGUUUAUUAUUCUUAAUGAUUGUGAAUGUUUAGCAAAAAAAAAAAAAAAAUGUUUAUAAAUGUAUAUAUAUAAUAUACAUGCAC